AUAUGUAAAUCCGGUAAACUUCCUCUCCAAGAGACCCAAGACUCUAAAGUCUGAUCUCAUUUGGUUUUGUUGGUCUACUCUUCAAAUCUUCCCUGUCUCGAUUUAAUUAAUAAUCACCAUUCACCAAUCACCCACACCUUCUCCUCUUCUCCCACCAAAAAUAAUCGUCACUUUUAAUUUCCUGAAACUCCAUUUCUCUUGCGAAUUGCAAUCCCCCUUUAAUACCAGAAACUGAAAGAAGAAAGAAAAAAAGAGUUAAAAAAUGGAUUUCGAGCUUCGUAGAGCGAGAGAAAAGUUGCAGAAAGAGCAAAAGGAGAGGAAAGAUAGGGCAAAAUUGAAGGUUGCCAGAGAAAAGAAAGCUAAAGAAGAAGCUUCUAGAAACCGAGAAGCGCUUGAAGCUGUUCAGAGAGCUCGCCGCAUCGACGCCGCCCAAGCUCAAAUCAAGGUGGAUGAACAAAUGGCUGAAAGUUUAUUGUCAGGAGGAGGAAUUAUAUUUCAUCGCAGUUUAGAAGCUGUGCUAUAUCCGGGUGUCGGAGAUAAGAUUAAGCUUCCUUCAUCUUGCUUCACGGAAUUGUCUGAUCAAGGUGCUUUUGACAAAGGACCUGUAUACUUCCGAUUGUCUGUCGCUGGUCAAGUGAGUUCUUUUGACACUGCCACUAAUAGAGAGAAUCAAGGAGUGACAUAUUCAGGUGUGUUGGAGUUUACAGCAGAAGAAGGGUUUGUGGCUCUUCCUCCUCAUGUAUGGAGUAACCUAUUUCCCUCAGAAGCGCCAGCUACCCCGCUGAUUGAGAUUCAGUAUGUUCGGUUGCCAAAAGGAUCUUAUGCGAAACUUCAACCACAAGAGAUUAACUUUUUGGACAUUCCAAAUCACAAGGCUGUGCUUGAAACAAGCCUUCGUCAGCAUGCUACUCUCUCUCAGGAUGACAUAAUUACAGUUAAGCAUGGAGAGCUUACAUUCAAGCUACGUGUUCUUGAAUUAAAGCCCUCUCCAAGUGUUUCUGUCUUAGAAACUGAUAUUGAGGUUGACAUUGUCAAUUCUGAUUUAGCCUCAGAGAACAGUAACCAAAAGGUCUUGAAACCACUCACUUUUGGAGCGCCAGAAUCUGGGGUUGUUGAGGAAGGGGUAUAUAUGUACUACAAAUUCUCUCUUGACAAUGAUGUAUGGAGUACAAUUGCAUCUGGGAAUGCCAGAAUAGAAGUAAAGUUGGAGCCAGAUACAGACUUAGGGGAUACUGAUCUUUACAUAUCUAAACAUCCAUUGAUGUUCCCCACACACCAUCAGCACCAUUGGUCCUCUCAUGAUAUGGGAUCCAAGACUUUGAUUCUUAGCUCUCAGGAUCCAAAUCUGGGAUUGGGUACAUAUAGUAUUGGUAUUUAUGGCUUCAGGGGAACAACAAAGUACAAAAUAUUGUUGGAAGUUCAGGAUAAUAUUAACCGAGGUCAGCAAGCUGGGUUGUCCACUUCAACCGCUGAUGUAGAUUCUGUGGAAUGUGGGAAUUGCAAGCACUUUAUACCUAGUAGAAGUAUAGCUUUGCAUGAAGCUUAUUGCCGUAGGCAUAAUGUUGUGUGCCAGUAUGCAGGCUGCAGUGUCAUUCUAAGAUUGGAGGAUGCUAAGAAUCAUGUGCAUUGCAAUAGAUGUGGGAAGGCCUUUCAGCAGGCAGAGAUGGAGAAGCACAUGAAAGUGUUCCACGAGCCCCUUCAUUGUCCAUGUGGGGUGGUUCUUGAGAAGGAAGAAAUGGUCCAACAUCAGUCCUCGGAUUGUCCUAUGCGGAUGAUUACAUGCCAAUUCUGUGGAGAUGUAGUUCAAGCUGGAAGUUCUCCAGUGGAUAUGCGAGACCGACUAAGAGGACUUUCUGAGCAUGAGAGUGUUUGUGGUUCCAGAACUGCCCCAUGUGAUUCUUGUGGGCGUGCAGUUAUGUUGAAAGAGAUGGACAUUCACCGAAUUGCUGUUCACCCAAGUAAUUAACUCAAGUGUUCAAUUGUGCAUGUAUUUUCUGGUCCAACAUCUUAUUUUAGAUGCUGAAAAUUGCGGCUUUAGCAGCCCACUGGUUAAUGCUGUAAACCAACAUAUGUAUUUAUGGGAAUUCCGGAAUUGUAUCA